ACUGAUACAAACCACUAACAGAAGGAAGCAGAAAAGGAAGGAAGGAAGAGAGAGUCAGUUGACAGCGUGUCAGACACGGAGAGAAGAAAAAGGAACAGAGAGAUUCUGUCCAGCGGAAUGAGAGAGUGACUGUCCACAACAUCAAAUCAGGAUGUUUGUUCUCAUCUGUUCAACUCUGCUCCUCUUCAUCAGAGACAGCAGUGCGCAGACAGGGGCUUCACUGGAAAGAAGAAAUUUCUGUCAACGUGACUUCUGCAUCAAUCUGAUUGAUGGAGAGAUAACAGCAGAGGCUGGACUCUGUGUUGUGAUACCGUGCUCUUUCACCACUAAUCCUAUGUUUACACCCCGAGGUUUCGUUUGGUUCAAAUGUGAAAACGAAUGCUCUGCUUCAAAUAUGAUAUUCAGCAGCGAUAGCUCUAAGGUUCAGUCUGCGUUCAGAGGUAGAGUGUCACUGUUGCAGCCUGAUGUGUCUAAGAGGGACUGCAGCAUCAUCAUCAACGACCUCACUGCGUCAGACUCUGGAUUGUAUCAGCUCAGAGUUACGGGUUUCCAUUUUUUUGGAAAGCCUGAAGAUGGAUAUACAUUUAGCUCAACAGCAACUGUCUCUGUUAAAGAGCUGAUCCAGAAGCCCACAGUGAUGGUUCCUCCUUUGACAGAGGGCUGGCAGAGCACACUGAGCUGCACUGCUCCUGGUCUCUGCUCUGGAUCUGCUCCUGAGUUCACCUGGAUGUGGAGAGGAGGAGGAGGAGAGAAGGACUCCCACAUCACUGGAAACAUCAUUGAUUUUGCGAUUGAGAAUUUGAACGCUGUAUCACAAAGACACAGCUCAACUAUAACUUUAAACCCUUCAUUCACCCAGCACCACAACUCUGAGAUCACCUGUAGGGUUAACUUUGUGAACAACAUCACUACAGAGGAGACAGUGACUCUGAAAGUGAACUUGUAUCCAAAGAUCCUAAACAGCUCUAAAUGUGAGGUUCAGUCAGACGUACUGACCUGUGUGUGUGCCAGUGAGGGGUUACCUUUACCCACCAUCAAAUGGCCGCUGUUGGAAAACCACACCCAGUACUCUGUCACUACCACUGUGACAAGCAACACAGUAACCAGCACCCUUGCUCUAACUUUAAAGGACCAAAGCAACACUGUGGUUGAGUGUGUCAGCAGCAGUGAGGUUGGGAACGUGGAAAAGAGCCUCAGCAUGAUAACGUCAGAAAGGCGAAAGGAUCAACACAGCCUGAUUCCCUGGGUUGUUGUCGCUGCUGUAUCUCUCAGUGUGAAUGUCGUCCUAAUAAUCAGCCUGAUGCUCCUUUGGUAUGUUGCUACACCAUCAUUUUAUGCUCUGAAAGCUCUAUUGAUGCACUGGAAACUUUUAGACAUUUCACCACAUGUCACGUUUUCUUCUUUCCAAAGGAACAAAAGAAAAGAAGUGAAACCAAACCAGGAGGACACAACGUACAUGUCACUGAAGAAAAGAGACCAAUCAGCAGAGUAUGAUGUUAUCGGCCAACCUCUGAACUAACAAGACUCAGCUCGUCAGUGGGAGAAAGUAUUUAUGAAGUCUUAAUGAUCUGUUACAUUAUACAUUCUGCUAUGGUGUUUUAAAAAAGGUGUUUUUUUUUCCUCUUUUCAUUUUUGUAGUUCAUUUUCUAAAACCUUAUUUAAACAGUUUAAGUUAACUGUGUCAGCUUUGUUGUGCAAUAACCUGUUCACAUUCACUCGCCAUCCAACUGGCUUAUUCCCAGUGAACUCCAAGUCCACUAUUGUAGCUGUGAUGCUUUGUGCUUUGUAGUGUUUAGUUUUUUUUAAUCGCUAUACAUCUGUAACUACAUUUUUCCAGUCAAAUGAAUGGUCUUUUACAAAAGGUUCAUGAGAUCUCAUUGUUGUUACCAGUUAAAUGUUUAAAACAGUUUUUGUUUGUAAUUAAUUGAAUAAAUAAUUUGAAUCUU